CAUUGUCCAAAAGCCAGGCGAAACAAAGACAAAGAAGAUCGGACGCGCCACGAGCUCGUGAAAAAAUCGGCGAAAACGUGAAAGAAGUGUCGUCCUGGCGCGCGCCGCGUGCCCGUCGCCUCUCGUGCCUGGCGUGGCUCAUUCUGAUUAUUCGAACGCCGCAGCUGCAGGAGGACGGGGUGCUUGGUCCGCUGGCCCGACGACCAAGGUCACCUGGACGUCUUGAAGAUCUGGAGGCAGCGUUGCGUAGCAGCAGCAUCAUGGACCCGCCCCGGGAGGAACGCGACGCCGCCAUGAGCCCCGGCGAGGCAGCGCUGGCUGCUGCGGGCAAGCGGUGCGUGUCCACGCAGUCGCAGUGGCCGUUGACCACCGCUGAUCCAGCGACGUGUCACAGGUGCCAGUCCGAGAUGCCGGUUCGAGGAGAAGGCGCCAGGACAGGAGGCGCGCGCCAGCAUCAGCAUCAACAGCAGCAGCAGCAGCAGCAGCAGCAGCAGCAUGGGGACGCCGCGGGUGACGCGUCGGACACGAGCACCGACAUCACGAGCGAGUCGUCAGACUCGUCCAAGGUGACUUCGCUGAUGGGUGAUCCCCGCUGCUACGGAGACUUCCUCAACGAGGAGGCUUGGCUGGAUCGUAUGUUGGAGCAGCUUGGCUUGCCCAGGCCGUACUACAACGAAGCCCCGGUGUCGGUGAGCGCGACCACCGCUGCUGCUGCUGCUGCUGCUUCUUCAAAUGCUGGUGCCGUGGCCACAGUGGCUACGGGCGGAGAGCACCACGGCGCAUCCAGUGAGCCCGAGAAAGAGCUGGCCGAGCUGUCGGCCGAGGAGUACUACCACAAGGAGCUGCGAGACGUGCUCUGGACCAUCGUGUCCCUCAAGCUGGACGACAUGCGCGUGGCCACAUCGCAGAUGCGCGCCGCAUGGAAGUCAUACGUGCGAAACUCCAAGAUCGUCGACGACAUGCUCCAGAACAAGGAUCGCGCUGUCAGGCAGCUCAAGGAACAGCUGGUCCAGCUCAAGCUGGAGAACAAGAGCCUGCGUGAGCGUAUCUGCGAGGGACCGCAGUCGUGAGCAGCAGCUCCACCUGGACUAAGAAGUUCAGGUUCGAAGAGCCAGGCCCGAAACCCCAUCCGUCGUCAGAAUUAGGGCCUGCAGUGUUCUUUUUUCCUUUCGUGUUUUUUUUGCUUUUUCCUCUUUGUUUGUUUUGGCACAAAUAAAAGU